UUUUCUGGCGUACGAGAUAGAUUUUUCAGUGUGAGGUACCACUGCAGGCCACUACUGAUUAUCUCUUUCCAUUUACCAGUUUCGACUUUUUGCAGCUAUGGCGGGAACCAUCCAAGCCCUGAUUCUCACGCCCCGACCCGCCAACCCGCCAACCCGCUGCCGUUUGCUCACCGACUCCCACAUUUUCCGUCCAAACAUGCCGCAUUCCGCUUCGAUCUUCAACUUAACCGCUGUAUCUCGAAUCCCGUCAAAGCCUGGCAACACCCCGAUCAGAAAGAUGGCAAUGGAAUCAAGAGGCAUUCGGGUUCGGUUAAGGGCUUGAAUUGGGCUAAACCUUUGUCGAAUUUUGUUGCGAAUAAUUUUCUUUCCUUAGUUCUUGUUGGUGGAGCAGCUUUAGGGCUUGCAAACCCUAGUUUAGGUUGUCUUGCUGAUUCAUACUCUUUCACAAAAGUCAGCACAUUUGGGGUUUUUAUCAUCUCAGGGUUGACAUUGCAAACUGGAGAAAUUUUUGAAGCUGCAGAAGCAUGGCCUGUCGGAAUCUUUGGGCUAGUCUCCAUUCUAUUAUUUACUCCAUGUUUUUCGAGGGCAAUAUUGCAACUGCCGCUCCAACCUAAAGAGUUUGUUAGAGGGCUUGCACUAUUUUGCUGUAUGCCAACCACAUUAUCAGUUGCAGUGGCGCUUACUCAGCUUGCUGGAGGCAAUUCUGCCCUUGCUCUUGCAAUGACUUUGAGCUCUAACGUGUUGGGAAUUUUAGUUGUCCCAUUUUCUAUAUCAAAAUUUGUAGCUGACGGAUUUGGCGUAUCUGUUCCAACUAAGCAGCUAUUCAAAAGUCUCGUUCUCACAUUGUUGAUCCCUCUGAUAUUGGGGAAGAUUUGUCGAGAAUCCUUAAGAGGUGAGUAUCCUUCUCUCUGUUCCAGAAGUUUUCUUAAUUCUAGGAUAUUUUUGUUUUAGUUAAUAUCUUUUAUAAUAAUUUGUAGCUUUUAACAAGUACUAAAAUUCCUGCACAAUAUGGAUGAAGGGAUCAGUCUCAUUCUAAAGAAUUUGCUAAUACAUAGUACAUACACAAAAUCAAUACAUACACAAAUAUACACACUACGUACAGUGCAUUUGUAUAAAAAGAAGUAUCCAAACUAUCCACACUUAGCCUGGUAUUAAUUAGUUAUAUGCUUAACAUACUAUACUAGAUUGGAGAUUCCACACAGCCUCUGAGUUAUUACAUGACAUUAAUAUUUAUAUCUUUAAUUAUUAUUUAAUUUAAGAGUACAGGAAAGUCUUACAAAUUAAAACUGAAAACUUACUCUCCUACUUAGAGCAAGUCCAUCCCCAAAAAAAAUGCGCUGGCACUCAACCCAUUUAAUCCACUCAGUGAUAGACUUCAUGAACAGUAAAUUGACCAAAUGCUUCUCCAUCCCUAAAAAAUGCGCUGGCACAAAGUCUAAAAAUGCACUGGCACAAACGAUAUUCACCCUUACAAAGUACGCUGGCAUCCGGCCCAUAUAAAAUAUUAUUAAUUUUUUUAUAAAAUAAUAAAUUUUAAAUUUAGUCUUAAUUUCGAAUAAGAUUUUUAGCCAAUCUCUCGUCACGCCACGUGUUAUUAUCCGAAUGUACUAUUUUGUGAAUAGAUUUCCGUUAAGAUUUUCAACCAAUCUU